AUGAAUUCUGAAGUACAAAUUAUUAACUCUUCUAUUAGUGAAAAUAUUCAUACUGCCAUUAGUAAAAAUGUUCACAUUAUUAGCAAAAAUGAGAAUGAAGGUCCUAUUUAUGAAACUCUUGAAACUACUACAGCCAAUGAAGGCACUAAAACAACUGCUAAUAAAAGUUCUGAAGUAGUUUCUAUUAAUAAAAAACAUAAAAGAGACAAGUCAGAAUUAUGGAUGUUUAAAGAUAGUCAUUUUAUUAAACACGAUCCUCAGAAAAGUAUAAAUUUUGCUUUAU